UUAUUAUUCACAGAGAAAAAAAAAAAGUGAAAGGGGGGAGGUCAACUGGGUCUUUUUGCCUCUGAUUUGGUUGGGCACUGGAGACUGAUACUAAUGUGGCAUUUUUGAAAAAUCUUUGUGAAUAGUAUGAAUGGGAAGAUCAUAAGCUUUCAACUUUUUGUUGUUUGGCUUUUGGUUCCUUUUUUCUGUGUCAUCUUUUUGAAACCUUUUCGUUUCUUUUUUUUUUUUUUCUCCCGUCUGUUGGCCUUUUUCACGACUGACAAACAGCUGGUCAAGCACCGUAUGCCGUAGAAGAGCUGGUGGAAAUUAGGGUUUUCUUUUUCUCCUAUUUUUCUCUGAUCUUGCUGUCUUUCAUGGUAUUUCAGAGAUUUGUCCUUUGAUAGAUUUAUGUUCUAGAGAGGUAAAAGGAAGGUGUACACAGUGGAUCAGAAGGAAAACCAUCUUUUUUUUUUUUUUUUCUAUUUCAUUGAUCCCCUUUUCUUAUGGAGAGGGAGUGCAAAGUCAUGCAUGGGGCGUUGACAAUGAAACUUCUUUUUCUUUCUUCUCUGAUGAAAAUGCUACUGUAAAUUUGCUUCAACGCUCUGUAGGUGGCUGAAGCUUAAAGUUCAAUUUAUUUUUUUCUUUUCUCUUUUUCUUUGCCGAAAAGCUAACCGAUAGCGACCUUCCCGAUAAACCUUGAUAAACCAAGAGCCAGAGAGAUCAUGUAGAAGAAUAGAGAGAUAAAAGAGAGAAUAGAAAAGGUGUUUUUUUGGUUUUCCCAUUUGGAUGAGUUUUGGGGUUUGAUGAUCAGUAAUAGUAGCAGCGUUAAUAGUCCUGGUGGUGGGGUUUCAAAGAUUGUGGCUGAGAUUGUUACACACCGCAACACCAUGCAUAGCGGUGGCAUAGCACAUCAGCCACCAGUCAUCACUUCAUCGAUUCCCAAAUCACCCGCCCUCUCUCUCUCUCUUAAAGGCACCAUGGAUAGUCAUGGUGAUAUGGGUCUACUUGGGGAACAUUUUGAUCCUAGUAUAGCAGGGAGGAUGAAGGAGGAUGGUUACGAGAGCAAGUCUGGCAGUGAUAAUCUGGAAGGUGCAUCUGGAGAUGAUCAGGAGGCUGGAGAGGAUCAACGGACCCAGAAAAAGAAGUACCAUAGGCAUACUCCUAAUCAAAUACAAGAGCUUGAAACUUUCUUUAAGCAGUGCCCUCAUCCUGAUGAAAAACAAAGAAUGGAGCUUAGUAGGAGGCUUGGCUUGGAAAGCAAGCAAAUCAAGUUUUGGUUCCAGAAUAGGCGAACCCAAAUGAAGACCCAAUUGGAACGUCAUGAAAAUAUCAUCCUUAGACAAGAGAAUGAUAAGCUUCGUGCUGAGAAUGAGUUAUUAAAGCAGAAUAUGACAGACCCAAUUUGCAACAACUGUGGUAGCCCUGUGGUUCCCGGUCCGGUAUCUUAUGAGCAACAACAGUUAAGGAUUGAAAAUGCUCGACUCAACGAUGAAUUGGGUCGUGUUUAUGCAUUAGCCAAUAAGUUCUUAGGUAGGCCUCUAUCUUCGUCCAGCGGUCAUGUCCCUCCCUUCGACUCAAAUUCCAAGUUGGACCUUUCAGUUGGGAGAAAUGGAUAUGGAGGUUUAGGCAGCAUAGAGACGUCAUUGCCAAUUGGACUUGAUUAUAGUGAUGGGCUCACAAUGCCCUUAAUGAAACCAAUGACCAGUCCUAUGCUCAAUGAAGUUCCUUAUGACAGAUCUUUGUUUAUAGAUCUUGCAUUGGCAGCCAUGGAUGAAUUGAUUAAGAUAGCUCAGAUCGAUAGUCCUCUUUGGAUGACCAUGGAUGGAGGGAAGGAUGCCCUGAAGCAUGAGGAGUAUAUGAGGACGUUUUCACCUUGUAUUGGUGUGAAACCCAGCAGCUUUGUUACUGAGGCUACAAGAGAGACUGGAAUAGUGAUCAUCAACAGCUUGGCUCUUGCUGAGACUUUGAUGGACGUGAAUCGGUGGUUAGAAGCAUUUCCUGGUCUGAUUGCUAAAGCCUCCACAAUUGAUGUGAUUUCGAGUGGCGUGGGUGGAACAAAAAAUGGUGCUUUGCAAUUGAUGCAUGCAGAGUUUCAAGUGGGUUCGCCCUUUGUCCCUGUGCGCCAAGUGAGGUUCCUUCGGUUCUGUAAGCAGCACGCGGAGGGCGUCUGGGCUGUGGUUGAUGUCUCUAUUGAUGCAAACCAAGAAAGUUCCAAUUCACACUCAUUUGCUGCUUGCAGGAGAUUCCCUUCUGGCUGCAUUAUGCAAGAUAUGCCCAAUGGCUGCUCCAGGGUCACCUGGGUGGAACACUCGGAGUAUGAUGAGAGUGCAGUUCACCAACUCUAUAGGUCAGUACUUAGUUCUGGCUUGGCCUUUGGUGCUCGGAGAUGGGUUGCCACCCUACAGAGGUACUGUGAGUGUAUGUCAAUCCUUAUGUCUCCAACCAUUUCUGCUGAAGAUCAGACAGUUAUAAAUAUAAGCGGCAAGAAAAGCAUGCUAAAGUUAGCCCGGCGAAUGGUGGAUAACUUCUGUUCUGGAGUUUGUGCUUCAUCUGUACACAAGUGGGAUAAGCUUCUAGUUGGAAAUGUGGGUGAAGAUAUGAGAAUUCUGACUCGAAAGAAUAUUAAUGACCCUGGCGAACCACCUGGUAUUGUGUUGAGUGCUGCAACUUCUGUUUGGUUGCCAGUUAUGCGAGAUAGAUUAUUUGACUUCUUGCGCGAUGAACGAUCGAGGAGUGAAUGGGACAUUUUAUCCCAUGGCGGGAUGAUGCAGGAGAUGGUCCACAUUUCCAAGGGUCACAACCGUGGGAAUUGUGUCUCUCUUUUGCGAUCAACUGCUGUUAGUCCAAACGCAAAUGAAAACAGCAUGAUAAUAUUGCAAGAAACAUGGAAUGAUGCCUCAAGCUCCCUGGUAGUGUAUGCACCAGUCGACAUUCAAUCAAUAAGUGUGGUGAUGAAUGGUGGAGAUUCGACCUAUGUGGCUCUCUUACCAUCAGGAUUUGUGAUUCUUCCAGACGAUACAAGCAGUCAAGGUGGUCCUAAUUUCUCUAGUACCCUGGUCAAAAGGGACAGUGAUGGGGGUGAUGGAGGAGGGUCCAUUCUUACAGUUGGAUUCCAAAUUUUGGUGAAUAACCUUCCUACAGCUAAGCUCACAGUGGAAUCAGUGGAGACGGUGAAUAAUCUUAUAUCCUGCACAAUUCAAAGGAUCAAAACAGUGCUUCAACUAACAUAGCUGAAGGGGACAUGGAAUUACUCUUAGCUUAGUUGCCUUUACUGGGUUCUGGUUUUUGAACAUACUUGCACAUAUAGUAUGAAGAAAGUAUAGCAGAUAGAAUGUGAAAUGAAAGUGGAAGGAGCUAGUGAUGAUGAUUGGCAUAAAAGGGAAGGGGGGGGGGGGCUUCUAGUCAAGAACGAACCGCAAGUCGACAACUUUUUAGCUGGGUGGCGAAACAAACUGUGGAUGGCUAGUUUUAAACAGUGGCGAAGUGCGGCGGGUUAGUGGUUCGGGUAUUGACUUGGUCUGACCCGUCUUUUGUUUAAUCUUACAUAGAAAAACAAACCAACAAUAGAUAAACUCCUAUUACAUGGACUGUUUUAGGUUGUCUUUAUGACAUGUUUUGUUUGAAAUGUUUCUUCUGGCUUUUUGCAUUUGGCGACCUUAAUUGUUAUUGCGUAAUAUUUGAGUUUUUUU